UCGACCCGAACCAUCACCUAUUCCUUCUCUCCAGUGAUGCUGCCUGAACCUCUGUUACUCCAGCUCUUUGCGGCUGUCUCUAUGACGACGGUCGGGUUGUCAGACGGCCACCCUCACUCAGCGGGAAGCGGCGGUUGCUGAGGGCAGGAGCGAUGGCGUCGGGCGGUGAGGGCCGGCUGCUCUCGGUGGAUUACGAGGUGUUCGGGAAGGUGCAGGGAGUCUUCUUCCGAAAACAUACGCAGAAGGAGGCGAAGCGGCUGGGCCUGGUGGGCUGGGUGCGGAACACGGAGCGAGGGACGGUGGAGGGGCGGCUGCAGGGCGCCGAGCAGCCGGUGCGGGCCAUGCAGGCCUGGCUCCGAGCCCAGGGCAGCCCCCGCUCCCGCAUUGACAAGGCCGAGUUCAGCAACCAGCGGCCGGCCGAUCGCCGCGAUUACCCGGACUUCCAGGUCGUCAAAUGAGCCAGGCUCCGAGGCCGCAGCUCCCUCGCUCCGGAUCUGUUUCCACUCCGGUUUUUCCACCUCGCGUCGGACCCAGAGCAGCUCCACCACUUGUCUCAAGUUGCUUUCGGGGUCGAGGAUUGCCCGUGGGGUUUGCUCAGGACCCUGUUCGGUUCAGUUUCCGUGUUUGGCUCUGCUAAAUUCGUGUUAGGGGAUUACCGUGGUCAUUUCCACGCUAAUUACAAAAGCCUUCGUCGUGGUUUACUUUCGUAUUACCAUAUAAAUGUCCUGAUUCUUUCCAAACGCAUUGGAGUUGUCGCAGUGACAAUUACAUUAAUUAGUCAUUAUUACAAGUUCUGAAUUGUUGCAGGAUUACAAACUAAAAGGUGUUUUCUUCCAAGAGAAGCUACGUUUGAA